AUGGAUGAUGGGACUGCACUUAAGUCACCAUUCCCUGAUUCAGAGAUCGAAAGCCAUGUCUUAGACAUCGCCAAAGAAGCCGCUAUUUAUCAUCGUAUUGGACCCCAUAAGAGGUUUGUUCAGCUACUGGGUCAUUCCAGGGAUGGUCUCCUGCUUGAAUAUAUGGGGAGCGGUGAUCUUAAGGCAUAUCUACAGACCCAUGGCUCGAUACCAACGAACCUCAAAUUGAAGUGGGCAUAUCAAGCCGCAGAGGCCGUCGAGCUCUUACAUAGAAAUGGGGUGAUUCAUUGCGACGUAAAACCACGAAACUUUCUGUUGGACGCGGCUCUUGACAUUAAGAUCAUUGACUUCUCCGUCGUCGCUCGACGGGUCGAAGCCCGCAUCUGGCGAGGGGAUCCGAUUCUUCCUUCCACGGCACUGGGCAGAUCCGCCCACAGUGGCUACGGAUCUGUUCGUCCUUGGAUCAACCUUGUUCGAGCUUAUUCAAGGCACUAA